UGUGUGUGUAUGUGCCCGACUUAAACAAACACGAGCUGUCUCUCUGUCAAGCUGCGUGCAAAAUAGGCUCCCUAAUAUCUCGUGAUAUGAACAUGUGAGUCCGCAGCUGGUGGAACAGUUGCAUAGUAAGUGCGAGCAACGGACAGCGAAUAUUUGCUCGUGCAAUCUGCAACCGAAUAUUACCCUGUCUGUAGUGAAGGGAGAGGAACGGGAAAGAGGGACACCUGUGCUCGCUGGAAGGAUGUUCGCCCAGCAUCGAACCCACUUCUUGUGUAUAAUAUGGGCCUGCUUACUUGUGGCAACCGUGUUCGGAGGGAAAAGCUCGGGACAGAAUGGUGUUACGGAUGAACUGAAGGACAACACCACAGUGUUCACGAGGAUCCUGGACAGCCUUCUGGACGGAUACGACAACCGUCUAAGGCCAGGGCUCGGAGAGCGUGUAACCGAAGUCAAGACUGACAUUUUCGUGACGAGUAUCGGGCCUGUCUCCGACCACGACAUGGAGUACACCAUCGACGUGUUCUUCCGACAAAGCUGGAAGGACGAGAGGCUAAAGUUCAAGGGGCCCAUGGCCGUGCUCCGUCUCAACAACCUGAUGGCCAGUAAAAUCUGGACGCCGGACACGUUCUUUCACAACGGAAAGAAGUCUGUCGCACACAACAUGACCAUGCCCAACAAGCUCCUUCGAAUUACAGAGGAGGGCACUCUGCUUUACACGAUGAGGCUGACGGUCAGGGCAGAGUGUCCCAUGCACCUUGAGGACUUUCCCAUGGACGCCCAUGCUUGCCCACUCAAGUUUGGCAGCUACGCCUACACCCGCUCAGAGGUGGUGUAUGUGUGGACGAGAGGAGCGAUGCAGUCUGUGGUGGUGGCCGAGGACGGAUCCCGACUCAAUCAAUACGACUUGAUGGGGCAGACGGUGGACUCCGGAGUGGUCCAGACCAGCACUGGAGAGUACGUUGUCAUGACGACACACUUCCACUUGAAGAGGAAGAUCGGCUACUUUGUCAUUCAGACCUACUUGCCGUGCAUCAUGACAGUCAUCCUGUCCCAGGUGUCCUUCUGGCUCAACCGGGAGUCCGUGCCUGCCAGGACUGUGUUUGGAGUGACCACUGUACUGACCAUGACCACCCUCAGUAUCAGCGCUAGGAACUCCCUCCCCAAGGUGGCCUACGCCACGGCCAUGGAUUGGUUCAUCGCCGUGUGCUAUGCCUUCGUGUUCUCGGCCCUCAUCGAGUUCGCCACCGUCAACUACUUCACAAAGAGAGGCUAUGCUUGGGACGGAAAAAGCGUGGUGCCAGAGAAGCAAAAGAAGAAGAAGGAGUCCCUCCUGCAGAAGAACAACACGUCGUACGCCGCCGCCACCGCCACAGCCUUCGCCCCGAACAUUGCCAGGGACCCGGGCUUGGCCACCAUCGCCAAGAGCGCCCCUCCGCCUCCCACCGAGCCCAAGGAGGAGCCCAAGCCCAAGCCGCCAGAGGCCAAGAAGACCUUCAACAGCGUCAGCAAGAUCGACAGGAUCGCUAGAAUAGCCUUCCCCUUGCUCUUCGGAACCUUCAACCUGGUCUACUGGGCAACAUACUUGAACAAGAAGCCCAAAUUACAGGGCAUGCAACCCCACUAAUCCUACCAGUCCUCUCUCUUUCUCUUUCUCUCUCACUCUUUCUCUCUGUCUCUCUUUUUCCCCCCUUUCUUGCUUUCCUUCCUUUUCUCUCUUUCUUUCUUGCUUUCUUUCUUUCUUGCUUUCCUUCCUCUUUGCUUUCUUCUAAAGUAUCUUUUCAGAAAACAAACAAGUGAUGGUUGGACUCCGGGUCACCAUAUUGCUUCAGUGUUACAUUGCAUAACGUCCUCGAUCUGAAAAAAAAGAAGAAAAGAAAAUAAUGAACAGCCGAGCAAUGUGUCAACUUUUACAUUAUUCUGUGACUUUUGAAAUAUGCUAUUAUGAUUACAGUACAUGGUAUAUAUGUAUACACACACACAGAGAGAGACACACACACACACACACACACACAUACACACACGCAUACACACAUACACAAGAGAAUGCUAUUCUACAAAUGCAAUUGCUAAGGAUACCACAAAGAUUUUAUUGACUUUUAUUGACUUACUUUCUAUUGUUUGGUUGUUGUUUUGCAUUGAGUUGACAUAAUCUACCAGUAAUAUGUUUGCAUGAACUGGGUUUUUGAUUUCUUUCCAACAACCAAUCAACAUCAGAGAGAUGUCCUAGUUGCAUAACGUUGCCUCCCCCAGGACACAUGUUAGUAUGCUUCCAUUUUCGGUUGUUGUGUUGCAUUUCCUUGUUUACAAGAUAGGGUCUCAGCAAUAGCAAUAAACCAUGUCUCUCAGUGAAGUCACUUCAGCCAUGGAUUUAAAAAGUUUAGAAACAUUCGAUCGACUCUUGUGUUAACCAUCGAACAUGUGACUUACUUAGUUAUCUUGUAAAUACUUUGAAGUGAUAGAGAUGUCAGCGUUAAGUUUAAGGCUUUGCAAAAUGUACAAACACAAGUGGCAGGGAGACUGUAUAUGUGAGACCUGGAGAAGCAACUUGUGUGUAAAAAUUAAAAAAAAAGAAAAAAGAAAAAAAAAGAUUGAUUCACUUUUAAGUGACUGUUUUUCUAAAAACAAAAAUAAAUACUAAGUGUUCCACUACAGACAGAAAUAAGGCAUCAGAGGGUAUAUAUAUAUAUAUAUCUAUACAUAUACAUAAGUGAUAUGUGUGUGUAUGUGCACACUAGCAGUGAUACUAAAAGAAUGGGGAUAGUGAUGGGAAAGAAUGUAAAAAAACUGUAAACUCAAUGUUGGAAUGCAUUUUAUAUUUAGAAAUUAAAUCACACUUCUGGACUUUGUUAUUUUUGUUUUGUCUAAAUGCUAAUGAUAUUCGAGAACGAUUUUUUCUUUCUUUUUUAAUUUUUGGGAUUUUUUUUCUUGGGGGCUUCCAGCAACAUUAUUCUUUGUGUGUGCUGCUAGUAGCUAGCAUUGCAUUGGCGUCAAUGCAUAGAGAGUGAAGAGCAGUGCCUUUUAUAUUUUUCAGGGUUGAACUAAUGAAAGGCUACCUUAUAUAGCGCAAAAGAAAUUUCCAACCUAUACUUACUUUUCAGGUUCAAUUGCGCUUGUUUAGUUCCUGAACCUUUCGAGCACCACUCAGAAAAGUACCAGCUACACUGCCUUCAGUCUCUCAUGCCGUUUCGAGGACAGGCGGUCUCUUUUUAUUAUGAUGUCUUUGUUGCUGCUUGUCCAUACAAGACUUGGAAGAUUAUGAAAAGUUAUGACGCGCCAAUCACCUGGGCCAACACUGUGCCCUGCAAACCAAUGCAUCUUGGUGUGCUAUGAUGAUGUUUAUUUUUGUAGUGUGAUGUCAGUCCCUCUAAAAAAAGAGUAUCUAUACUCAUCAAACCAAACGUUAACAUGCUGUCAGAUGUUUUUGUUCCUACAUAGACCUGAUAGAGGAGGACAGGAUGCACAGAUGAUGGUUGAAGGUUUUAGUCAAUAUGUACCAUUCUCCAGUUAAGUUGAUGUAGCAAUAUUUGAUUAGCAAGGGCUUUUGAAGAUCUGAACAUUAAACAAGUUGUCUAAGGUGAAUUCCAUGGUAGCUUAGAAGACAGUGUUUUGUUCAGUGUUAAUAUCCAAUGACUUAUUUUAUCUUUGUGUAUGGGAUUUUAAUGCAUUGUUCAUUUUUUGUUUGUUAGUUCAAACACACUUGUUUCUUCUUUUUCAGAUAUCCAACUCUAUUUUUCAAGCAAAAAGUCCAAUUUAGCCUUUUGAUUAGUUUUGUUUUAUUCCUUAUUUUAAUGCCAUUUUGUUGCGUUUCCACGUGUGCCAUGGAUAUGUAUUUUUGGUGAGAGUGAUAUUUAAAUAGCAUAUCAUUGCAGGUUCGGGUGGAGGGCGUGUAUAAGGUCUAGUGUGCACAUGCAGGUCCAGGGUGGGGUCCUAAAAGCUGAGACCAGUUAGGGGAGGCAGAGUGGGCAGUCACCUGGAGUCCUCUCCUGCCCUGGGUGAGGGAGCUAUAUGCAGAUGCAGUUUUGAAGAUCCUUCACAAGGAUCUUCUUGGAAGCAAGAGUAUUUUGAAACAUUGUAUAAAAUAUACAUAUAGAUAUUUCAAUUCCAAACCUACUGUACGGAUGUUUCUUAUCAUGCCUACAAAAAAGUGUAUGUGUAUAUAUAUAUAAAUAUAAUAUACAUAAUACAUAUAUAAAUAUUUCAUGAAGAUACAAAUUAAAAGAACUCUAUAUAUAAUAUUGUUUGUACCAACCUAUUGUUAUGCAUUUUGCACAUUUAGACAUGUUUUACAUUUAUGUAGUCAGCUUUGUGCUAUGCAAGAAUAGCUUCAAAACACAUUAAUUAGCUUUUCUCCUGACCAUAGUCCUUCAGAAGAACACACUACUGUAAAAAAAGCUUAACUCUUUUGACAGACCACACUUCCUGGCCCCUUUUCUCCACCCUCAUGCUGAGUAAACAUAUGACCACUGUCUUCUCUCUUCUCUUCUCUUCUCUUCUCUUCUCUUUUUUGUUCCAGUGUGGAUGAUUUGGUCUGGUUUUGACUACUGUUGGUCAGGAAAUGGCUCUCAUGUUGAUUGCACAUAACCGGUGACAUGGCAAUAAAAAUAAACAAAUGGGAAAAAACCCUGAAUAGAAAUUCCUAUAAAAGUAUUUUAUUUAAGCAUAGAGCAAAUACAGAAAGAUGAUGGUGAUGAUGAUGAUGAUGAUGAUGAUGAUGAUGAUGAUGAUGGUGUUGGUGAUGAUAUGUUGAUGACAUUUUUGUAUUAUACACAAGUAGCCCAAAUGUAUAUUCCCAGAAGGCAGCACUGUACCUUAUUUUAGGUACAGAGAUUCUUUGAUUUCUCAAUCCUUUCCUUGUCAGAGGGGAGGAUGAGAGGCCUAAUUCAUUUGGAAAAGGAUUGGCUGUUUGCUGGAACACUGCCCUGUUUCCUCAAAGCCCUGUUGUUGUAGCAUCGCCUCUUAAAGACCCAAAAUAGGAAAUGCCCAGACAAGGGGAGAUGCUCUAUUCAUUUUGGUCACAGCAUCAGUUUCUAAACUGAAAACGCUUGAUAGCACAUUUAUUUUUGGUUUGAACUUGAUAUCUUUAUUUCUGUGUUGAUUUAUUGAUUGGUUUGUUUAUUUUUAAUUACAAAUUGUGUGCAGAUCAAACAAGGUAAUUGGUAAAUAAAGAAGUGUUUACAUAGCAUUGAAAAAAACACAUGAAGGACAUUGGGAUGUCUGUGUUCAUAGCCGAUCUGUUGAAAGCACGCAAACAUGUUUGCACACGUGUACAGCGUACACAGUUACACAUACACACAGCUUUUACAUGACUGCGAAGGCACACACACACACACACACACACACACACACACAGACCAGGGGCAUUUGCUAACAUAUUGACAGAGAAACUGAACACAUAUGACACAACAAGCACAUACUCCCAUCAGUCCCGCUGACACUUGGAGAUUAGUCUUUGAUACAGUCCAUAGUUGAGAUGAGGAAAAGGGAAAAGUGGGACAGGUGUUUUGGUCAGGUAGAGUGGGUUCACCUUCUGUACCUGUUUGAAUUUGUUACAAUAUGGCCCUGUAGAAUCUGAUUCUCUGCAUUAGUCUUUAAAUAAAAAGAAAAAAAUAAAGACAAAUAAAAGAACAAA